ACAAAACCGUUCUUUCCGCACAUACGACAGCCGCCGAGAGGGAGAAGAGGGAGAACUUCAGAACGUGUGGAGAAGAUGGUGAACUUCAAAUUCCAUCAGUACCAGGUCGUCGGAAGAGCUCUCCCGUCGCAGUCCGACGAGCACCCGAAGAUCUACCGCAUGAAGCUCUGGGGCACGAAUGAGGUCUGCGCCAAGUCCAAAUUCUGGUAUUUCUUGAGGAAGCUGAAGAAGGUGAAGAAGUCCAAUGGUCAGGUCCUAGCAAUCAAUGAGAUCUUUGAGAAGAACCCCACAGUGAUCAAGAACUACGGGAUAUGGUUGAGGUACCAAAGCAGGACAGGGUACCACAAUAUGUACAAGGAGUUCCGUGAUACAACCUUGAAUGGUGCGGUGGAUCAGAUGUAUACUGAAAUGGCUUCCCGUCACAGGGUCCGCCGACACUGCAUCCAGAUCAUUAAGACAGCCACCAUCCCUGACUCUCUCUGCAAGAGAGAGAGCGUCAAACAGUUCCACAACUCUGAAAUCAAGUUCCCUUUGGUGUUCAAGAAAUUGAGGCCCCCAAGUCGUAAGUUUAAGACCACCUACAAGGCCUCCCGACCCAAUCUCUUUGUUUAAUAUAACUUGGUCUUUCUUGCUUGUAUUUCGGCAUCCUAGUUUCUGCAUUUUGGUUGAUGUGAGUACUUUGAACUUGGUUUUGGAGAAGUUGGAAGUUUUGAACUACUUAAAUCACUCUCUACAUGAUAUUGUUUGAUCUACAACUUUAAGCCUCGUUUGGUAACGUACUG